AAAAACUGUAUUUUUACUAAAUGUGUAGUUUCUUGUAGAAACAGGACGGUUUCAGUGAGUUGACCUCAAUGCAAACUUCUGUCUAUGACCACAGAACCAUUGGGGUUCAAAUUUCACUCUGUGAUUAAAGUCAGUGUCUCACAGCCACAAAAGGGUAGAACAUAUUUCAAACGUUGUUUAUUAGGGGGAGAUGGGCCCUGGCAUGUCACUAUCACAGGUGAUUAUUGUGUCUGAGGCUGUGUGAACAAAUUAUUGGAUUAUGCUAAUAGUUAUAAAAACAUAUUUUAUUUAGCUUUCCCUUAUGUGGAUGUGAUGUUAACACUCCCCAGUUGAUGGCAGCACUGGUAAAUUGUAUUUUUCUGGACCAAAUGCAUAGUCACAGCAAUGAUACAGUGGCACAUUAAACAGAGAAAGACAGACAAAUACAAACAGAAUUAUGAUUGAUAGAAUAUGUCCUUAAACUAUAGUCAUAUAACUUUUAGAAAACCCUAGAUUCUACACAUGCUUCAUAGUUAUGUCGUUUUACAACAUUUCUUCAACUUGAAAUGUCACACCAGUAUUGCAUUGCCAUAGAUACAUAAAUAAUAGCGAUAAGAAGUGGUUCGUCUGGGUUGCCAAACCGUAGCCUAUUCAUCUGUGUGGCCCAAUGAUCCAAACCAUGUGAGCUGCUGCAGUGACCCAGUUCUCCAGCCCACCCACUGCACCACUCUGCAGGGUCAGCAUUCCAGCUGUGCCCUGGGGAUCUCUGUACAGCAACAGAAGGCAACAUCAUUCACCACGACUUACAGAAACAGCAUAUGAUACUUUCAUUUUCUCCACCACCAAAGGGACUACAAGCCGGAGACAGACAGAUGGGAAGAUUGGCACAAUUUUGGCUCCCAAGCAAUAUCAUACGCCACAGAAGAGAGGCGGUGAUAGGGGACAAGAGAAAGAAAGGGGAUGGAAGAUAGAUGGAGGUCUACAUGUGGAUGAAAUAACACUCAGGCUCACUCUGACAUUCUCACGUAGGGGUUCUAUCAGUGAAAUGAGUGCCUCCUAACCAUCACAAUCACCUGCCAUCGCUCUCACUGAUGCUUUGCAUCUGCUUCUUCUGUGUUGGUGUCCCUGCUGCUGUUGAAGACUGACUUGGGGCCACACAUGUAUUUUAUCACUUAUUAGCUUUAAUGAGUCCUCUCAUAAAAAUUGAAAAAGGCUAAAGGCUUAUACCCCAUCUCUAACAUGUUGGUAUUUAUCUAACCACAUCUAACUUAGAGGUAUUGAGACUGAUAAUUAUUUCCUUGUAAUACAAUUGAAAGCUAUAUGAUAUGGACUGAAAAGUUCUGAAGUUUUUCUACAUUAUUUGAAAUAUUUGAAUGAAAAAAUUGUUAUUAUCUAUUCGCAUAUAAUAAUUUGAAAAUAUGUAAAACCUAUUCGAAAUAUGCUAGGCCUACUCUACGUUCACAACACCACCGUAAUCAGAAGACGCGUGGUCCAGUUGCGUCUGAUGCACUCUGGUGAGGGGACGUCUCUUGUCUGGAAAUUGAGUCAGAACGCAGAACACGUAGAACACUGUCAAUUCCAGCUCUGUUCCAGCAUUAUAACUGGCUGAGAGCAUCGCCCAUCCCAGCAGCAUAAUUUCGUCUGGGCUAAAUAUUUAUAUAGAGGGGAACGACCUUCAUUUACAACACAUUCAUUCACGUGAGAGAACACUGCGAACUUCUCCAUUGCCAAGUUAACAUUAUUUGAAAACGUUUGGAAAAGAACAAACAGACAUUUUGAAAGUUUUGACCAAAGUUUUAUUUUACAAUUAUUAUAAUAUUUUUUUAUCACCAUGGGCUUUUUGAUUGCUCUUUUCGGUGUGACAGUUGCUUUGAGUCAAAUGUUUGGAAGAUAUACUGUAAAUGCGGGGAUGUGUUGGCUGCAGCAGAGCCAAGAGCAGCGCUGUGACAUGGUGCUGAUGCGUGGGGUCAGCAGGGAGGAAUGCUGCUCCGGGGGCCGUCUGGACACGGCCUGGUCCAACACUAGUCUGCCUAUCAAUGAGGUCAGCCUACUGGGCUUCCUGGGAAUCGUGUCCUGCAAACCAUGCAAAGAGACUUGUGAUGGUGUGAACUGCGGCCCAGGGAAGGUGUGUACGUUGAAUGCUGGACGUCCUCAGUGUGCGUGCUCUCCCGACUGCACUAACAUCUCCAAAAAGCAUGCUGUGUGUGGCAGCGAUGGGAACUCCUAUCGUGACGAGUGUGUCCUCCUGAUGGCCCGCUGUAAAGGACACCCUGAUCUGGAGGUCAUGUACCAGGGAGAAUGCAAAAAGUCUUGCUCCAAUGUGGUGUGCCCAGGUACCCACACCUGUGUGACAGAUCAGACUAACAGUGCCCACUGUGUCAUGUGCCGCACAACCCCCUGCCCAAUACCGCUGAAGUCCGAGAUGCCUAUCUGUGGCAACGACAACAUCACCUACCCCAGCGCCUGCCACCUCCGUAGAGCCACCUGCUUCCUGGGGCGCUCCAUAGGAGUGCGUCACUAUGGCAACUGCACUAGUAAAUCCCCUUCACUGUUCCUGAUCUGUCAACACAUAGCCUAAGUGUUCCAAGAAACACCCUGGCUUUGGAGGGCAGUGAGGAGAAUUCACUCUAAAGGGACAGUUCUUGUGUGGUCCAACUGGUACUAGACUUAGCUUAGUCCACCCGGUACGAAGAUUUCCAAGAGAUUACCUUCGAUACGUGAACCAAAAUUGUCCCGAUGUUCACUCACCAAGUUCUGAUUUAUGUUGACUACUUUUUUUACAAUCACUUAUCCCCUCCAUCCCUACCCCCCUGUACAUAGAACAAUGAUACAUUUGAUGUGGGGGAACCCGUUGGAAGUAGCCGUCUGUUCUUCCAAAAGGAAACCAAUACUGUAUUUGUUGAUGCAUGCAAUGUAUGUUAAAUAGGAUGAUUUGCUCAUGAAACUGUGGAGAAAUAUGUAGGGGGCUUUAAGUAUAGGGAAAUAUGUGUAUAUUGUAAGUAAAUACUGCUACUAUUUAUUGAAGAAGGUAUCAAAUCUGUUCUAUUUAUGUUUUGACCCUGUAUACAAAUCCAUAUAUCAAUAGGUCAGCUGUAUUUAUUGUAUUUGGUUUUAAGGUACAUGUAUUUGAAUGGCCACUGGAAUUCUUUUAUUUUGGCAAGUUAUUUUAAUUUUUGUGUAUUUUUCAUAUCCCUAAAUAAAGUGCAUUGUCCCCUUAAAAGCAGCAUGACAAAAAAAACUCCAUUUGUUUGGAUACUGGAUACCACAUUUAGAGGAUGACAACAUAUUUUGUUUCAAUUCACUCGAAGCAAAACAGGGUAACUGCUGUCUGUACUCCAGUGUUUGUUUGGAGGUGAUGAGAGACUUAGCCAAAACAAAAGUGCACAGUAUGUCUCCUCUAACUCUGCUUGCACAGAGUAUGAAACUGUUUAUGCUGGAGCCCAAUAAAAUGUAUAAGCCUCCCACUGAUCACUCAAAUGAACAGUUUAGUUCAGUGUGCAGCAAUUUUAUUAGACUGUUGGUUCAACCCCAAGCCUUUACAAUACCUCCACUGUUGAAGUCUUGGCUUUGUUUAUUUUGUAUGUUUGUGGGUAAUAUGAGACCAAUAUAAUGCCAUUCAGGUUGUUGAAUACACUGUAAUAUAGUGUAACUGCAAAAUCUGACAAAUGUUGUUAGCCUUAACAAAUUGAAAACAUGAUAAUGCCAAAUUACAUUAAUUUACUCAAAGUUAACUCACAGCCGAAUGUAUCUGUUCAACGUUUAAGUACUCGUGGCUAUUUGAACCAAAUGGGCAGAUAGCUAUUUGCAAAUAGCUAUUGGUUAUUGUGAUAUGAAUGAAUAGUGCUGCCCACCCAUUUAUUCUAGAUGAUAUAAUAUAUUUUUAAUUAAAACAAAUACUGUUUUUGAACAAUUUACACUAGUUUCUUGAAAAUAGAACUCAGUUUCAUGUACCUGUGUUCCUACUGUGAAAUUUGAAUGACAAAUGUAUCUACUUAUUUUUGUAUUUUUGUACUGCCAUUUUAUCUCAACAUAAACUAUAGUAUUUGU